AUGGUUCCUCCAGCUUGUCUUCUGGGCCCACCGGAGCUCCACCUUGACCACCCCAUUUCCACCAUCAUCAAACCCCAUGAAGAAAACCCCCCACUGGUUAAAGGCCGGUCUUUUUCUUCAAACGCACCCUUAAACCCCUGCCUUGAAUUCUUCUUCCAGGCCACUAUAUACUCUGAUAAAUCCCGAGAAAACCCUGAUGAAGCAAUGGCAUGGGACCAUGAUCCUCUCACAACUCUCAAGCUCAUAUUUUGCCUGAGAAUGGCGGGGAGGCCCAACAAAGAAGCCUUUUACAAAUCCCUCGUGUGGCUCCACAAAAACCACCCUCUAACCUUGGCCUUGAAUCUCAAGGUUUUUGUGGAAUUGGUUUGGUUAAAAGAUCUAUUGGAGAUUCUUUAUAGGGUUUUGCAGAUACCCAUAGAUGAAGCAAAGAAAAAGGAGGAGGAAGAGAGACAAAAACUUAGGAAGAGCUAUUGCUAUUGGCCCCGCUAUUGGUCCUGCGAUUGGUGCAUAGAUGAAGCAAAGGAAAAGGAGGAGAAAGAGAAGGAAGAGAUCACACCAGUCACAGAUGUCAGAGAAGUUCGCAUUGCAAGAGCGAAGAGCGCCGUUGAUAGGUACCAAAACGACCCAGAAUAUCGGUUGUUGCACGAUAUUGUAUCCGAGGUGUUUGUGGAAAUACUGACAUCAGAUUUAUUGUCUUUGGAGUCGGGUGAGAUUGAAAAAAUCAGCUCUGUUUCCAAAUUAUGUCCUUCGAUUGAUUCGUCUUACGACAGAGAAACUUUGAUAUGCGAAAACAUAGCAAAGAAAAUGUUUCCACGCCAUAAUUUUGAAGAGUACAAAGAUGUUGAAGAAGCUCAUUAUUCUUAUAGGGUUCGUGAUCGAUUGAGGAAACAAGUACUUAGCCCCCUGCGCAAGGCAUUGGAGUGCUCAACGGCUGCAAAACAGAACAAGAAGUCAUCAUCAUCAUUCAAGAACCGCAAGGCGCUGAUUGCUUUGGAAAUCUACAGGAAGAUCAUUGGUUGUGGUGUUGGUGGAGGCUAUGAUGAAAGCAAAUUGUCAUUCAACAUUUGCAUGAAGCUUGUGGACAUGCUUUUACGAAAGAAAACUAUUUUCAACAUGUGCUUUGGUGACCAGCUAAAUCUUCCUCACCAGGUGGUGGCCUCAUUGGAGAAGGAACAUGGCGGCUGUGAUGAUGAGAUUGCAGACUUCAAUGGCAGAGAUUAG